UUCUUACAUUUUUCAUGAACAAUACAAAUAUAUAUAAAUAUGUUGUUUUGAAAUCCAUUAAUCUCCUAUUGAAGAACCAUGGCAGAUUCAGAAGAUAUUCAACCACUUGUUUGUGACAAUGGAACUGGAAUGGUUAAGGCUGGUUUCGCCGGAGAUGAUGCCCCGAGAGCUGUAUUUCCGAGUAUCGUGGGUCGUCCUCGCCACACCGGUGUGAUGGUUGGUAUGGGCCAAAAAGAUGCUUAUGUCGGGGAUGAGGCUCAAUCCAAACGAGGUAUCUUGACUCUCAAGUAUCCUAUCGAACAUGGAAUUGUUAACAAUUGGGAUGAUAUGGAGAAGAUAUGGCAUCAUACAUUCUACAAUGAGCUUCGUGUGGCUCCGGAAGAGCACCCUAUUCUCCUAACCGAAGCGCCUCUUAACCCUAAGGCGAAUCGGGAGAAGAUGACUCAGAUCAUGUUCGAAACUUUCAAUGCCCCGGCAAUGUAUGUCGCGAUCCAAGCCGUGUUAUCCCUUUAUGCCAGCGGUCGCACAACGGGAAUUGUGUUGGACUCGGGAGAUGGUGUUAGCCACACGGUUCCCAUCUACGAAGGAUAUGCCCUUCCUCACGCCAUCUUACGUCUCGACUUAGCCGGUCGAGACCUAACCGAUGCGCUCAUGAAGAUCUUGACUGAGCGCGGUUACUCCUUUACCACUUCGGCCGAGCGAGAAAUCGUGAGGGAUAUGAAGGAGAAGUUAUCAUACAUUGCUUUAGACUACGAGCAAGAGCUCGAAACUUCCAAGACUAGCUCUUCUGUGGAGAAGAGUUACGAGCUGCCCGACGGGCAAGUGAUCACUAUCGGGGCAGAGCGUUUCCGAUGCCCCGAAGUUUUAUUCCAACCAUCAAUGAUCGGAAUGGAAGCGGCGGGAAUACACGAAACUACGUAUAACUCGAUUAUGAAAUGUGACGUGGAUAUCAGGAAAGAUUUGUACGGGAACAUCGUUUUGAGUGGUGGAACGACAAUGUUCCCCGGAAUUGCUGACCGAAUGAGCAAGGAAAUAACCGCAUUGGCUCCGAGUAGCAUGAAGAUAAAGGUGGUGGCUCCUCCCGAAAGGAAGUAUAGUGUUUGGAUUGGAGGUUCUAUCUUGGCAUCCCUUAGCACUUUCCAACAGAUGUGGAUAGCGAAGGCAGAGUACGAUGAAUCGGGGCCUUCCAUCGUGCACAGAAAGUGUUUCUAAUUCAUCGAUUUUUUAUUUUAUUUUUUGGGUAGGAUUAGAAUAAGCAAAUGCUUGUUGAUCCUAACCUAACAUGGUAGUAAUUUAUGUAGAAUGGAAAAUGGGAACAAAUAAUUCAAAAUUUGUUCCCUCACAUUUAUUUGUACUUCAAUAAUUACUACAAUUCAAAAUAACAAGUUAUUGAUAAAAUAUUAUUUCAAUCAUUUCAGGAUAAACUUAUAUUUAUUUUCA